GAGGUGCAGUGAGCUCAGGCCGUCACGUGACCCGGAGGCUGCGGCAGCUUCUCGUAUAAAUCAGAAAGCAGCAAAGAGCAGUGUGAGUCCUGAGUGCGGGCCGGAUCACUCACACUCACUGAGCCACCAUGGCGGGAGCUAUCAUAGAGAACAUGAGCACCAAGAAGCUGUGCCUGGUGGGGGGCGUCCUGCUGCUCUUCCAAGUGCUGGCAUUCCUGGUCGGGGGGCUGAUCGGUGAGCAAACUUUCUCCCCUCCCCCCAACUUUCCCCCAGAGCCCCCAACUCACUGCCAGAACUGCCCCCAGAAUGGACCCCCAGCCCUGAGCUCUUUAACCCUUUCUUACCCAUCCCUGAGUCUGUGUGUGAGGGGCUGAACGGGUUAAACGGGUAAGUGCUUUGAAUUGGGAGCUAACCGAAAUUAAUAGGGAGGGGGGUCAUAAUUGCCCCUCCCUCCAAAUCUGUCCUUCUGCCCCCCCUCUUUAACUCCAUCAUGGAUGAUUCACUCCCUCCCCCUUUAUUUAAUUCCAGAAAUGUUUCAAACUUCCCAUCAUUUGGGGGAUUUAAACUCCCACUUUUCCAGCAUAGAAUACAAUCAGAGUUUGGCUUAUUGUAAAAUCUAAUAUUCAGAAAUCUGUAUCAGAAUUGCCUGGGUUGUAUCAGAAUUGCCUAGGUUGUAUCAGAAUGUCUCUGUUCUCAGACUUCUGUUUAGAACGUUCUGUAAUCGAUGUCCAGGUUACUUCAUGCUCUCAGUGGGAGAUAAUCCAGAGGUUUCAGUCCAUGUGUGACCCCCUAAUACUCGGAGAUCUGAUCCUAAAAUGUCUUUAGAAAUCCCUGCAGGAAUAUUUGCAGUCUAUCACAUAGUUACACUUCUUUGUAUCUUGGUUCUUCACACCUCUUCCCAAACAUGUCCUUUUGAAGUCCCAUUCCCUCCAGCCUUUGUUUACUACAUCCUGCUUGUAAUCUUCAAAUAGUUCAGUGAAUACAGCACUCUGUGGUUACUUGGUCUCUAGCAAUCAUAUUUGUCUCUUUUAAUUGAACUUUUUAAUUUCAAACAUAACAAUGGCCAUUAAUACGAUACUUUACUGAAAGACUUGACUCAGUUCAGGAAGCUUUUAUUAUGCUGGAAUUCGGAAAUGGUUUAAUUAACCCUGAAGCUAUUACACAGGAAAGAACAAAAAUAAAAGGGGUUUACUAACUAACCUGUGACUUGUAACAACUCCACCUCUGGCAAAAUAAAGACUAAAAUUCAAGCAGUGGCAAUUGCUGUUUUGGAGCAUUUUUUUUAUUAUUAUUAUUAUUAACUUAUUUUUUAAAUAAACUAUUUUAAUUUAAAAAAAAUUGGCCUAAAUUUUUCUGUUGACAUUUAUUUUUGAGUACAGCAUAAUGAAUAACCUCCAAAUAUUCUGAUUAUCGGCAAACCAAUUUUCUUGGGCACAGAAUUCCUAAGUCUUUUAUUUUUUUUUAUUUUUUUUCUUGACUCCUUUUUAAAAUGUAUUUAAAUAGUUUUUUUUUUUUUGUCAAAACCUUUUAAAAGAAAAAAUAUAUUUUUGCACAGUUUCAGUUUUUGUGCCACAAGGAAAACCUGUACAGAUUGUGUUGUAUGUUAAAGGGACACUCUAUACAAUCUACAUGUGUUGUAAUAUUUAUAUAUUUUGUUUCCUUUUCUCUUGGUAUGUGAGCGAGAUCUCUAUCUCUUUAUUUAUUUUUAUCUCAUUUUGAGAUCGAUGUGGCAAUACUGAUCUGUAUUCAUAUUCUUCCUGAUGGGAUGUUUUAAAGGUUUGCGUCUUUCGUUUGAUUUAGAUGUUGUUCCAUAGUGCGAUCAGGCUAAGCGAAUCUGCUGGAUCUAAUGGAAUUUACUGUCGUUGCAGAGUACGGGAUUAGCAAGAUGCCAGCUAUUGUGACUGUGUCUCCCAUCAGUGAGAUUGAGUCUUGGCAAAUUUACAGCUGGAGUAACAGCAGUUGCUUAUCCAUUUUGCAGGGUUCCUUUGCAAAAAGCGAGACAGCUGGGUUUAUCUUUUUAAUUUCCCUUACUUUGCAAUGUGUCUUAAAACCAAUCUUACUAUAUAUUUCCCCUUUAAAUCAUUAGUAAUGUGGGUUUAAAAAAAAUAUAUAUAUAUAUAUAUAUAUAUAUAUAUAUAUAUAUAUAUAUAUAUAUAUAUAUAUAUAUAUAUAUAUAUAAUAUUUUUUGAUUAUGUAGUUUCUUAAUUUCUGUUUUUUUUAUGUACUUGUGGAGAAACCGUGGGUGGUGGGGUGAUAUUUACUAUGAAAAGUGCUGUGUAUUUUAAGACCAGAGGCAGCAUUGAUUUACAAUGGACAGAUCACGUUAGGCAAAUUGAGUUUGACAUUGUAGCCAAUACAAUAGGAAAGCAACGACCAUUGGUAUAUUGAGUUUUGGAUUUUAGUGAAGUGUUUGACACUGUUCCGCUCAGUUACCUCAUCCAUGAACUGCGCAUGUUGUUGUCUGAUCUAAAAUGUAAUUGUGUGGAUCAUAUAUUCUAGAAAGUGCAACUGUAGAAGUUGCUAGUGUUGCACAUCUAUCCUUCUAUUUUUAUUUAUUAUACUGCAAACAUUAAGGAGAUAUGAUACUGGCAGAGGCACCAAUGACUACAAUAUCGAUGGGUUAACCGCGUGAUACGUUUGAUCACUGGACCUUAUUAGAAUCCUAACUUACUACUUGAAUGGUCUGUGUUGCUGAUUAAAUUAUAGGCAAUUAUGUUUACUUUAGUGCAAAGGUUUCUUUACUAAACACUGAAUUGCAGUGAAUAAAAAAUGAAUUGCAAUACUUGGGCAAAAAUGGAGUUGGACUUGUUUUUGCAGUUUGUUCGAGUCACUGUUCCAUAAAUCACCCAGUAAACACUUGAGAAGACCAAAAAUCUAAAAGUGGCACACCAGCACUCAAACAUUAAGCUAGAGUUACUCUAAGUGUGGAGACCACACUCCAAAUUUAAUGGAGACCACUUUGAUACUGGGAGUCUAAAGUGUCUUGCAAAUUGUAUGUUAAUGGAAUACUCUAACCACCAUAACUAAUACAGCUCAUUGUAGCAGUUAUAGUUCUCUCAAUCUUUUAGAUCCCGUGGUUUGUGGUGGGUGGUGUUGUGUUUUUUUUUAAAGUAAGAUUUAGCAAAUGGUUUAGGGUAGAAAAUGGCAAUUUCUAUCUCAAUACCUGACAUGGUGCCCAGUCCCAUGGUAGAGGUGUCUUGUGAGGUCUGGAAAAGUACAAAUCUACCCAUCUUCUAAUUUGAGGGGACAAGUGUAUAAAACUUGUACAUUACAAUUCUUAGAGAACCUUGUUUGAACUUUCAGGUAUUUCAUAUGACUUAAACAUAGAUUUGAAGAAGACUUACCCCAAAAAAAAAAAAAAAAACACAUUGCAUCAUAAGGCAGGAAUGUGUUAAGGUUGGGCUGAAUACCUUAUUUUACAUUUACCUGCUCUGUGCACUGCACGACAACUUUGCAAACCUCUGUCUGUGUAUAUUUUGUUUUUACAUUCUGGUUUGCAAAUUCAGGGUGCGUCUAUUUUUGACGUACAUUUUUAUAGGACAAGGGCUUAUGGAUUCUAGUGGGUUCAGAGAGCUGUACAAUGCAUUACUAAGCAAUUUGUUGUACCAUACCAUCUUGGUUACACAUGGUUAAAGCCAGACACUUGUGGCUGUUUUCAGACAUGAAAAGUUAUUUAACUAUGAGUCUGGCAUUCUAGGAUGGCCCUGGGGCAUGUGAAACUUAACUCAUGGAGAACCAGAGUUUGGUGAUGAUGAGGGCCAUGCUUGUCUUAAUUAACUCUCUGUAUACCCUAGUGCCACUUAUCUUGGUUUCAGAAUCCAAUAUCGUUUUCCACGUACAGUUGAUACUUUUUGUUGUGUUGUUUGUUUUAUGUAUAUGAAACCAGGGGGCUGCACUCACCUGAACAUGCAUAAAUGGGGUGCUGGUGGGGUCAAUCUAUACAAUACACAAGAUCCAGCGCACUCACCUAUCCACUAAACAGCAACUUCAGUGAUGACAGAUUUUUUUUAUUUUUUUUAACACCUAAUCUAGGCAAAAUAAUGGGGGUUUAGUUACAUUAUAUGAUCAUACAUUGCAUAAGCCUGCCACAACGUCAAUGUACCCCAUCUUUGGCAGGUCCUACACUAACAGCCUAAUGUCUGCUCUUAGGAGAUUAACCCACUUACUUGGGGGGGGGGAAUUCCAUCUGGGGCUCUCUGCAGUAGAAGGCUAAAUAGGCCCUGGGAUGUUUGCAUGUAAUUUUAAGUUCACAAUGACUCCUGAGUUUAGUAAAUCCAUGGAUUUCGCUAUUUAUUUUUUAAAUUUUUUCCGUGUUCUAAUUGGGUUUGUGUAACAAUAUCCCAUCUUCUUCUUUUGAGCUAAUGACCGCUCCGUCAUGGAAUGCUUUUAUGUGCUGUGUGUGUGAGAGUCUGGCCUCUGAUUCAGUUUCCUGGGUCUAGCUAAGCCCACACGUUGAAACUUGUAUCUCUGGCGCUGCUCUCCUAAACUGGAAGUAAAUUAUCCCACCCCCACCCAGCAUGUAAAUAAAAAGCAGACCUGUACCGUUUAACUCAUUUAGUGCUGAAUUGGUUCUUGUACAAUGGGGAUUUUUUUUUAUUUUUUUUAUUUUAUUACGGUAUAUUAAAACUUGUGGUAUAGUGUAUGUGUGCACUCACCUAAACAUGCUUAAAUGGGGUACUGCUGGGGGACAAUAAGUACAGUAAAAAUGAAAAUCCAGCGCACUCCCUUAUCUACUAAACAGCUACUUUGGUGCUGAUUUUGAUAGUUUUAGUAAAAACACCUAAUUUUUUUUAUUUUUUAUUUUUUUUUUUUACUGUAUUUUUGACCAGGGUUGCAAUCAAACCUUCAAAGUUUUGAAUAUUUUGUUUAUUUACCGCUAACAUACUGGUCAAAAUAAUCUCUUCACUUUUGUGUAGGAUGGGGGGAAAAAAGUGAAACUAAUGUAUAGAAUGUCUUUAAUCUAAAUGAGGGAGAUAAAAAAAAAAAAAAAAAAACUCCAAUAGUUGUCCCACAGACCUUAAAGUGUCACUGUGGUGGUUUAUUUUAUUUUUAUAGGGACUACUUUUUCUUACGAAGAGUAUAAUAUUUUGCAAUGGGUGGAGCAUAAGCAAAGUGUUUUUGUUGAUUAGCCAAUUACUCACAAUCUGUCAAUCAAAAGAAUCCCACAGGGCAAACUGUAGUAUUAUGAACAAAAUGGCGGCAACCGGAUAUUGAGAUCUGGCGCAACAGAUUUAAAGGUAAAUGGCAAGGGGGAGGGGAUAGUCCUUAAGAAACAAAAGGAAAGUGGGGAAGCCAAUGAUACUUAAACCUAUUCAAUAAUUCAUCCCAAAACACUGGUGCUGACUAAUUUCUAUUUACUUGACUCCAAGUCUCUCUUUAAUAUUUGUUACAUUAUAAUUAUUAUAUAUUUUUUAUAUAUAAUUUUUUGUUUGUUUUUGAGGGGGGGAGAGACUAAAUUUAAUGCAGAGUAGCCGUGUUUGCCGUCUUUCAUCCGUGUUGAUAUUGCAGGUUCAUACAGAUCACUGUCCCCUAGUUAAAUAAGCCUGUUUAUUUCACUCCUGCUGCUGGUUAGUUUAAUGAAGCAUGGGGCAUUGUAGAUGUGAGCUGGGCAGCGCUGGCCCCUCACAGGAGGGGGUAAUUGUCCAUAAAGGCUGUAUGCUGUCUGUGCUGGAGUGAAACUGACUGAGGACAUUGAGAUUCAGGCUUUAAUCAGCAGAGACACAGAGCAAUUGGGAUUUUGUAAAGGGCUUGUUUUGGUGCAAGACCAGGGGUCGGCUGACAAUUAAAAGCACCCUACGUCUUCUGAUCUGCACUGCUAUAAAUACAGAGCCAUUCUAUAGUGUUUGUAGUCCUCAGUUUAAAUUUCAAAGUUCUUCUCUGUAUUCAGAGACAUCCAAAAUUUUUGCUUUGUUUAGGCCAAAUUAUAUGGCCAUUCUCUGUCACAAAUGGAUAAAUCUCUCAUCUAUAUUUUUGGUUGAGUUGUCUGGAAAUAUAUAUAUAAUUAUAUAUAAUUUUUUUUUUUUUUUUUUUAAUUAUUCUGUAUUUAAUAUUUAUUGUGUUUAAAGCUGCUCCUGCCAAGUUUGCUGGAAGAGACAAUUCUGUAUAUUCCAGUUUUGUUAAUUUCAAUUUAAUGUUUAGAAGAAAAAAAAAACAUCUCCAUAUAUUUAAAUGCCAACAUAUUAAGUACCUCUGUAAACCAAUUGGUGAGGGAACAUUUGAGACAACCAUUCCCUACCCCACUUCAAAUGAAAUAUUUCACCUCACGUCCUCCCUCUCUAAUGCUCUGUCCUCCCAUUUACAAUCUCUCAUAACCCGUGUUCAGCACGACUUGUAUAAUAUAUGCAGUUUUGUAGAUGUUUGUGACAUUUGACUGUAGUUAAAGGAAGCUUGUUUGUGAAAGCUGGGAAGGUUUCCAGUUUCUGUGUGUCUGCCCCCACACAUUUUAGAACUUUGUAGUUUGUGCUGAAUGACUGGUGCAAAUUGCAGAUGUAUUUAUUUAUUUUUUUCCUUCUUUUUCAAAGCUCCAAAACCAACCACAUCCGUUCAUUUCUUAGCCGUGAAAUGCAUUGAUAUCCGGAAGGGCCAUCACAGUUCCAAGUGGCUCUUGCCAUGGGGGAAAGACCAGUGUGAGCACAUCCGAGGCUUUGACGAAGCUGCGAGUCGACUUAUCGCAGCCAACGAUAUCGUGUUCUCUGUCCACAUUCCAUUUAGUGGUCAUGAGAUGAGCCCUUGGUUCCAGUUUAUGCUGAUCAUCCUACAGCUCGACAUUGCCUUCCAGUUCAGAAAUGAGAUUGGUAAGUUGGAACCUGUAGCUCUGUAAUGAAUGGCCUCAGUUUACCUGGACUGACGCCGUUCAUUUAUGUUUCGGUACUUCUGGUUUAAGUUUCCUCCACGGAUUACUGCAUUGUAUGUAGGUGUAUUUGAGGAUAAGAAGCAGUGGUGUGUGUGUGUGUUUUUUUUUUCCAUGUGCAAUAUGAGGGAUAACUACUAAGGUGCAAAAGCAAGUUAACUUCUAUGGCCAUAGGCACUGGGUGAUUGUGGGGUAGGGGGAGAGACUGGGGAAACACAGAGACCUGUUGGUAAAGACCUAUUUGGAGUAAGAUAAGUAUUGGGGGGUCAAAUAAGGCAGAGUCAGGGUAAAGAGAUGAGGAGACACAGACCAGGUAGUACAUGAAGAAUAGGGCAUCCGCAUGCCUACAAUCCUCAAAUGCAUUCCUCUGUUUAAAUUUUCACUUUGUGAAUUCAGAGGUGUGUGUGUGUGUGUGUGUAUCUAUAUAUCUAUCUCUCUAAUCUCAUAAACUACAUACCAACUUGAUACUGCACCUGCAUUCACACUCCCUCUUACUACAGACAUAGAACACAAACUGACACAAUGUUCACAUCCUUACCUGCACACGCACACCCACACUGGCAGUAGACACCUGAAUUAUUGCAUUACUCAACAGACGCUACAUAGACCACUACAUUCACAAUCCCUAAAGCCAGCAUACAAAUACAGCCCUGCAUUCACACACGUGCAUUCUCCGAUUGAAACCACGCAUUCUUCACACAUUUUAAAUACAAACGAUCACCUUUAAUCGAGACAGAAAACACAUGGGUUUAAUCAAUAAAAUUAGAAUUACUGACUAUUUACCAAGGAACUACAUAUUUUCAGGAAAAAAAAGUAUGUGAUGGUGAAUGUUUCAGGGCAGGUAUUUUAACCUAAAUGUGUGAUAUUCUCUUACUCGCGGUUCACUAUGGUUUGUUUGAAUUUUCUCCAUGCUAGACUUGUUACUAUGUUUUUAAUUUUCUUUUAUGUUCAGCAGAGAAUUAUAACCUGCUCUCCGUACCAGAAAGUUUGGCCAUUCAUUUAAAUAUAUAAAGGGAAUCAACACAGUAAAGGAGGAGACUAUAUUUAAAAGAAGAAAAACUACCACAACAAGAGGACAUAGUCUUAAAUUAGAGGGACAAAGGUUUAAAAAUAAUAUCAGGUAUUACUUUACUGAGAGGGUAGUGGAUGCAUGGAAUAGCCUUCCAGCUGAAGUGGUAGAGGUUAACACAGUAAAGGAGUUUAAGCAUGCAUGUGAUAGGCAUAAGGCUAUCCUAACUAUAAGAUAAGGCUAGGGACUAAUGAAAGUUUUUAGAAAAUUGGGCAGACUAGAUGGGCCGAAUGGUUCUUAUCUGCCGUCACAUUCUAUGUUUCUAUGUUUCAUUUAACACUUACUUUUGAUUCAGAAUGGUUUAUUGAAUUUUGUUAAAUCAAAGUUGAUUUCCAGAAACUGGAGGCUUGAUUUAGUAAUCUGUGAAUUUUGGCUCAUUACUUUUUUUAUUUUUUAUUUUUUUUCUCAAAUGUAAAAACAAUUUGCAGACUUGGCUAUUCUUGUCAGCUUGUAUAUUUUAGACGAAGAUGUGCUAUUCCCUUUGGAAUUAUUCAUAAUUUACCAUUAAGUAAAUAUCAUCUGUUAUUGGACUGCCAUGGAGAUGAAACUUGCUUUUUGUGUGUUUACCUCUCAGGGAUAAAUGUAUUUAUUUUUUUUAUUUUAUCUUAUGACAAAUAUUUGGAAUUUAACAACAAAGAGUAGCCAGCUUUAUCCAUUUUUUUUUUUUUUCUUUCUUUUUAUUUAAAGAUCUUUAACUUCUUUUUAGAUGGAAAUCUGUUCACUCAACACUAAGAGUUGCUAUAAAAUUGCUCUUUGCCUUGGAAUGGUCUCCAUAAAAGCUCCGCUGUUGCGUUUUUUUUUUUUUUUGUUUUGUUUUUUUUGUUUGUUUUUUUUUUAAUGGGAACAUUUUUCCACUGAAUUAGUGGCUUAGGAUGAUCGUUCAUAGUCUUGGACUUAAAAGAAUCCAUGCUUGGAUAUCUUAAAGAGGUGGAUAUACAGCAUCAGCCAGGUGGUAGAGAAAUAAGAGACUGUUUAACUAUUGUAGAAUUCUCACUCUUGCCAAGUUUAGGGAAAUCUGUUUUGGUCUAUCGACAGCUGAAUUGCAACCACAUUUCAGUGGCUACUCCUUUAUUGUCACAUUUUCUAAAGGGAAAAUAUCUGUCCCAUGUCAGAGAGCAAUACCACUGACUUUUUGCACUUCCCUUUUUAAAAAUGAAAAUCUAAAAAUGACAUCCUAUUAAGUCACCGUAGUGGCUCUAGAGCCAUUCUCUGUAUAGUUUCCCAUAAUAUAAUCUUUGUUACAGAGGAGAAUGCCAUGGUGACCCUGGAUGUGGCAAUGGCUUAUCGUGAUGACACAAGUGACACUUGGACAGAAAUGGCUCACUCCGUAGAACAGAGAAAGCUGAAGUGUGUCUUGCCGGUCCCCAAGGUUUGUUCUCAAGCACUUGGCAAAGUUCAGAAUUCUGCCUUCGUGACUACUCAGAAUUUUAGAACUUUGUCCAAGAUUGUAUAGAUUUAUGUAUGAUUUUUCUUUUCUUGUGUUGUGUAGAAUAUAUAUCUCUUAUCUGCAUUGAUUCAUUUUAGAUGCCAGAUCUGGAGGUCCUAGUAAAACCAAACGAUACUCUAUCUAUCUAUCUAUCUAUCUAUCUAUCUCCAUCCCAAUCCCUCACCAUAUAAGUCAGUUGUAACAAACCCUUAUCUUUUAAUGCACAGCUUCACAGAUGAUGUCACACCUCAAAAUGGCCAAUAUACAUAGUAAACAAUGGAGAUGCAGCUGUGAAGCUACAGAAAAAGGCCAUAAUGUAAUACAGUUAAAAUGUGUAAAACUGUGUUCCUAAGAAUGCACUCACAGUAUAAAAAUUUUUUUUAUUUUUUUUAGCACUUUGGAUGCCUCCCCUGAACUCUCUGGGAGAUUAACUGUCACCUCACCCCUCAGACUUUUUAUUUAAUUUUUUUUUGUUUUAGACGGCUGAAAAUGAAGGUCGCUAUUAUGAGUGUGACGUUCUACCGCUACUGGAGAUUGGGAGUGUUGCACACAAGUACUACCUACUGAAUAUCAAACUGCCUGUCAAUGAAAAGAAGAAAAUUAAUGUUGGAAUUGGAGAAAUAAAGGAUUUGCACCUUGUGGUAAGAGUCAUUGUCUGUGUAUGCAGUCUGAUAUCCUAGGUUGAUUUUAAAGAGCCAGCCCACCUGAAAUUGCUUUUAUUCGGCAUAAACACCCCCCAUCCCGGUACCCACAUAAGGGCACACCGCAUGAGAAAACCGUGCCUAAAGCACACUACUCCAAAAUUGCUCGACUUGAUUCUGGGAGUGAAAGAUAUAAAAAAAUUUAAAUCACUAUUUGUCUGCACUAGACCAAAUCGCCCACACCUGUUGAUACUGGGGAAGCUGCCGCCACCAAGGCAAAAUAUAAAUGGGCGCUUUUGGUUACCCACUAAAAUCAGAUUUUAAAGGGAACAAAAAAACACAAUUUGGAAAUCUCUCCAUCUAUAUUCAAACUAAAAGAAAUUGGUCUAGAUGAAUAUUCUUGUUCUUGGGUAGAACAUUGGCUUAAGGAUAGAGUACAACGAGUUGUAAUUAAUGGUAAAUUUUCAGGCUGGACAAAAGUGGUAAGUGGUGUCCCUCAGGGUUCUGUUUUGGGACCACUUCUAUUUUACAUAUUUAUAAAUGAUCUUGAAAUAGGCAUUGAAAGCCAUGUAUCAGUGUUUGCAGAUGACACAAAACUUUGUAAAGUAAUAAAAUGCUGCAGAGAGAUUUGGAUAGAUUGGGGCACUGGGCACUAAAAGUUCUGCACUUUGGGGUUAAGAAUGCACAAGCAACUUACACACUAAAUGGUAGUGAAUUAGGGAUAACCACACACGAGCAGGAUUUGGGAAUUGUUAUAGACAACAAAUUAGGCAGCAAUAUGCAAUGUCAAUCUGCAGUUGCUAAGGCCAGUAAGGUUUUGUCAUGUAUAAAUAGGGGCAUAAAUUCUCGGGAUGAAAAUAUAAUUCUGCCUCUUUAUAAAUCGCUGGUAAGACCACACCUUGAAUAUGCUGUGCAAUUUUGGGCGUCUGUUCUAAAGAAGGAUAUCAUGGCACUGGAGAGGGUCCAGAGAAGAGCUACAAAAUUGAUAAAAGGAAUGGAGCAUUUUAGUUAUGAAGAAAGGUUAAAAAAAUUAAAUCUGUUUAGUUUGGAAAAACGGCGCCUGAGAGGGAAUAUGAUAACUUUGUACAAACAUUUAUCUGGAAAUCUAUUCAUAAACAGGGCUAUACAUAGGACACGAGGUCACACAUUUAGGCUGGAAGAAAGGAGAUUUCAUCUAAGGCAAAGAAAAGGUGUGGGGUUUUUUACAGUACGAACAAUAAGGAUAUGGAAUUCUCUGCCUGAAGAGGUGGUUUUGUCAGAGUCCAUACAGAUGUUUAAACUGAAAUUGGAUAAAUACUUACAAAAACAUAAAAUACAGGGAUAUCAUUUCUAAUUAGUGGGUUAAUAGCUGCUUGAUCCAAGGAGACAUCUGACUGCUAUUUUGGGGUCAAGAAGGAAUUUUUUCCUAGUUUGUGGCAAAAUUGGAAGCGCAUCAGACCAGGUUUUUUGCCUUCUUUUUGAUCAACAGCAACAACAUUUGUGAGGAAGGCUGAACUUGAUGGACGCAAGUCUCUUUUCAGCUAUGUAACUAUGUAGUAAUAUAUUGCUAUUUAAAUAGGUCUCUUUGGGUUUGUGAAUCCAGAUACUGGAGCCCAAAGACAGAAUUGGACUGUUUAUAUUUCAACAACAAACAGACAAAAAAGUCACAGUGACAAAAAGUAUCUUCCAGUAGGCCAAGUGGAAACGUCAAGUUUAAAUCCGGUCCAAUGGUUUUUCAGGUAUAAAGACAGAGAAACAGACAGUUUGGUCUGUGUCCAGCAAAGCCAUUGCCUCCUCCCCACAUGACUAGUUUAUCAUAAUAUAAUUGUUCCUUACGAUUACUGGUGUGGACUCCUCUUUGAUUAAGCACUUGAUGAGCUUUUAUUACUAGGUUCUGGCUGCAGGGCUUCUCUGUGAAGGUGUUAAAAUACAAAAUCCCAUCAAAGCUCUUUUGAUCAAAAUUCCUGCCAGAAUAGACAUAAAUGCUAAUUCUAAAAAAGACUUCAGGUGAACCCAGGAUGCCAAACCCAAACCUGCAGGUAAUUCCAGUGGCACCUUGUGAUGCUGGGACAAAAUAUACCCACUGUGCUACAUAAUGUAGACUCUGAGGUUUUCCUAAAGAUUGUGCUUUUAUGAAAAAGUUGUCUCUAUUGCAAUUAGAAUGUGACUGACGUUCCAGCGCAAAUCCCCAAUUGUACAUGGGAUGGCGUACCUACUACUUCAUCUCGUGUAUAUGACCGUUUAACAUGGAAAGCAGAGCUUGCUAUUCCUUGCCUUUAAACUAAUCAGCUGUCUGUUAAGAUUGCCAUGGGAACAGGCAUGUUCGUGAAUGCAGUGUAUGCGAUUGAUCUGUAGAGGACCUUGUAUGAUCCUCUGUAGUCCCUGUCUUUUUAAAGGACACCUGCUAUGGAACACACUAAUUAUUCUCAUUCUGAAGACCAUAGCAUUUUAUUUAUGCAUUGACCUGGGAGAAUUGUUAGCAGAUUCAUAGAUUUGGAGGGAAAAACUAAUUUAACAGUUUUUUUUUUUUUAAAUUAACUUUCAAGGAGCCCGGGUUAGCCCUCCUACUCUCAAAGCAACCACAAUGUAUGUGCUAAGGUCUGUUAAUAUCUCAAUAGUCUGCAUUAAGUAUAUCCUUUUAUCUCUAUGAUAAGAUAUAUUCACUGACCACAGAGUGAACUUGUCAUGACAGAUUUGAUUUAACAUGAACUCCAAUUAUUUUGAUGUUGAAAUUUUAAAAACACAAUUUCCAUUUAUUUUCCCCAUAGGGCAUCUUUCAGAAUGGAGGUUUUACAAAGGUCUGGUUUGCAAUGAAGACGUUUCUCACGCCCACCAUUCUAAUUAUCAUGAUUUGGUACUGGAGACGAAUUACCCUUAUGACUCGAUCGCCAGUUCUUCUGGAAAAGUAAGUACAUUUCUUCUAAGACUUUUUGUUUAUUUUAUUUUUUUUUCUCUCUCCCUGCUUUUGAGAAUAUCGAUCUUUUGGGCUUCUUUAUCUACAGACCAAUUGCAAUUCGUUAGCAUGUUUUGGUUCUGCCAUCUUAAUGUCCCGUACUAAUCUGCUUUUGGGAUUUCUUAUUUGGAAACCAUAAAUUGGGUUUAAAGUGGGUUGGUUGGCGUUGAGGUAGAGAGGCCCACAACUCACCUUCCAACCUGGUAGUUUUAAACUAAGCUUUACAAGUUGGGAUUUAAUUCACUACUUUGUAGAUCUAAACAAAAAAAAAAAAAAUUCAACAUGUUGGAGUAAAACUUUGCGAAUGCUCUUGACCCUUCUGAGUGCUGGAAGAAUGAUCUCCUAUUGCUAUAAAGUCCUUAUAAACUUCUUUCCACUUUGGGCUGGACUAUGAGGGUCAAAAGGAGACCCUAUCAGUUUGAACUAAUAGAAGGGUGUGUGUUUUUGUUUCCUUCACAUACAGGACUGUUUACCUUUUUUGUAUUUUCUCAUUGUCAGAGUAAUUUUUGCGUUGGGAAUUUCCAUGACCUUCAUUAAUAUACCUGUCGAAUGGUUUUCCAUUGGCUUUAACUGGACGUGGAUGCUGUUAUUCGGGGAUAUUCGGCAAGGGAUUUUCUAUGCCAUGCUUCUGUCCUUCUGGAUAAUCUUCUGUGGGGAGCACAUGAUGGUAAGUUGUUUCCAGUCCUAUUACAACAUUCUGGCAAAACACAACGGAACUUCUACAUUACACUGAAAAGCGUGCCAGUCCUGCCCAGGCUUAAAUUAAUGUGCAUUCUGUUUCAUCUUUAUGAAAUAUAAUGUAUACAUUUUAUAUGAGGUUAUGGUCCAAGACAAGGGCUGAUUGACCAGGAGAGCCAGAGAACCCUCCUAAUGGCUGAUCUGCCCUGCUUGGGGAGAUGUCCUUAAACCGUGCCAGUCGCUGCAAAUAAGGGAUGGCCGUGGACCGUAGGUUCUGCAAUAGCGGAACAUCUACUGUCCCUCUAGGAAUAGAGGCGUUGGAGUGAGGGGCUGCAGGUGGUAAAGGUAUAACCCCUCCCAAAGUGCAUGAAUAUAUCAUUUAUCACUAUGAUAGAAUUAAAAAAAAUAUAUAUAUAUAUAUAUAUAAUUUUUUUUUCUUUACACUACACAUCGAACUAAAAGGGAUGAUUUGUAUAGAACUGCAAUAAAUCCAACUACUGUAUCGAGAGUAGGAUAUGAACCAAUCAUUGGGACUAUUAAUUUCAAGUGCUUGUUAACAAAAUGCUCACACUGUAAAGUCAUGUAACUACAGUUUCCUAUAUAAAAAUGGGCAAGAGGUUUUUCCCAGAUCUUAAAAUGAGGCGAAAGACACCGGAUCGAAGUGACUUUGUCUAUGGUAUGUUUCUUUGUUCCAAAUCUCAAACUGACUUCCUUCCCUAUGGCUAUAUAGCUGUAGCGAGAUUUAUUUUUAAAUUGCUAAAGAAGUAACAUAGAAUGUGACGGCAGAUAAGAACCAUUCGGCCCAUCUAGUCUGCCCAAUUUUCUAAAUACUUUCAUUAGUCCCUAGCCUUAUCUUAUAGUUAGGAUAGCCUUACGCCUAUCCCACGCAUGCUUAAACUCACUCACUGUGUUAACCUCUACCACUUCAGCUGGAAGGCUAUUCCAUGCAUCCUCUACCCUCUCUGUAAAGUAAUACUUCCUGAUAUUAUUUUUAAACCUUUGCCCCUCUAAUUUAAGACCAUGUCCUCUCAUUGUGGUAGUUUUUCUUAUUUUAAAUAUAGUCUCCUCCUUUACUGUGAUUCCCUUUAUGUAUUUAAAUGUUUCUAUCAUAUCCCCCGUCUCGUCUUUCCUCCAAGCUAUACAUGUUAAGAUCCUUUUAACCUUUCAUUGUAAGUUUUCCUUGUGAGUAAAUAUGUUCAGUUAAUAAUUCCCUUGACCUGUAGCUGGGAUUUUGUUGGUGUAGUUCCCUGUUUAUAAUGUCCUUCAUUUUAUUUUAAAGGAACACUAUAGUCACCAAAACAACUUUAGCUUAAUUAAACCAUUUUGGUGUAUAGAUCACGUCUCACUGCUCAAUCCUCUGCCAUUUAGGAGUUAAAUCACUUUGUUUAUGAACCCUAGUCACACCUCCCUGCAUGUGACUUGCACAGCCUACGAUAAACACUUCCUGUAAAGAGUCAUCUACAGUUUAUCCUUCCUUUAUUGCAAGUUCUGUUAAUUUUUGGAUUUUCUUCUCCCCUGCUAUGUAAAUUGCUUGCGAGACCCUACAAAAGCCUCCUGUAUGUGAUUAAAGUUCAAUUUACAGAGCAAGAGAUAAAAUUGUUUAAGGUAAAUUACAUCUGAUUUGAAACCAGUGGUUUUUUUUUUUUUUUUUUCAUGCAGGCUGUGUCAAUCAUAGCCAGGGGAGGUGUGGCUAGGGCUGCAUAAACAGAAACAAAGUGAUUUAACUCCUAAAUGGCAGUGAAUUGAGCAGUGAAACCUGAGGCAUGAAAUGUACACUAGAACUGCUUCAUUAAGCUUAAGUUGUGUAGGUGACUAUAGUGUCCCUUUAACAUUGUGUGGGCCACUUCAUUUUAAUAAUUUGGGUUGAGUGUAAUGAACAUUUAAAAAAAUAAAUAAAUAAAAAAAUCUUUAGACUUUCUAAUCUCUAUUUAUAGGAUCAGACUGAGAGAAACCGAAUCUCUGCUUACUGGAAGCAAGUCGGUCCCAUUGCUUUUGGUUCAUGCUGUCUGUUUAUAUUUGAUAUGUGUGAAAGGUAAGUGUUUAUCUCGAUGAUUGGAUUCUAAGCUAUAAAACUUAUUUCUUCAUCUCAGUUGCCUGUGGUGAUAACGGUGUGAAAGGAUUGUCAAGUUGGGUGAAAGUAGUAAAUCCUUAAUUUGUGGAGUUGUCUUUAAAAAAUUUUUUUUUUUUUUUUUUUUCUCUUCUAACUGUGGUCUUGGUUUUUAAUAAGUUUCCAUAAGCUUUUAAAUGUUCACAGUCUCUUUGACUUGAACAGUGACUCCCACAGAUAUCUUAUUUGAAACCUAUUUUUAUAUUAUUUCUUAGGGAAUUGUUGGAGGUAAAUUAUUUUGAAAAGCUUUUCUAAUAGACUGAGCAAUUGAAAAGCACAUCCAAUAAUAUUAAAUCCAGGCCUCUGUCAACGUAUAAUCACGAUAUCCUUAAGGUGCGAGAAUGACUUGACCAAUGUGCCAAAUUAUUCGGCCUAUAGCUUAUAACCCUAGACGUUAUUAAAAGUAUUAAAUAAGAGCGAUUUGUCAGAUUUAAGUUGCUUGUGAUCGUUCAAAUGCUAUAGUUACUAUGUGAAGAAUUUGGGUUUUAUUGGUAAAAUAUGUAUACAAUAUUACAUGACCUAGAAACCGAAUACAGGCUCUAAAUAAGAAUUCUUUACUCAAAAUGUGUACAGUCUCCCUUGCAUGCCACAAGUGUCUGAUCUACAAUAAACCGCUCAAAAUACUUUUUACUUUGUGUGUAGAGGAAUUCUAAUUACCAACAUUGCAAAAUGGAAAAUAAAUUCUCAUUAACCUCAUUCCUUCCCCCUCUUGUUCACAAUUUCAGAGGUGUUCAAUUGACUAAUCCAUUCUACAGCAUUUGGACGACAGAUGUUGGAGCGGAGCUUGCUGUAUCCUUAAUUGGGGGGAACAGGGGGAUAGGGAAAGCAAAACGGUGGUUACAAAUCUAACCUUGAUUCAAGAGGCUUACUGCACUGGGUGAUGAGAACACUCUAAAAUUGGCCCACAGACCUCCGUGUAAAGCAAAAAAUGUAGCAUGCCCAAUGCAUGGCUUUCUUUUUUUUUUUGUUUUUUUUUUUUGUUUUCACUGGAUCAUUCAGAGAUCAAAGCACUGGCAAUAGUGUAUGCUGCAGGUACUCCUAUACACACCUAGACAUCUCAAUUACAUGAUCUGGGUGCCAUGUCCCUGGAUGAUUAACAUGUCUCUAGUGGCUGUCUAAAACUGAAUUUAGAGUCCGUUUCAGCUCACAUGACUCUCAAUGAGAGCAUUUCAUUGGCACAGAAUUUCGCCGUGCAUGCGCAUCAGCCCCUAAUGAUUACUGGAGAGGAGCAUUGGAUUGGCUGAGACCAUUAACACUGAAGAGGCAAAGAGAUCAGCACACCACGGGAUGUAAGGUAAGUAAACAUGACCUUUCACACCCCUGCAAGAGGGGAACACCUAUAUAAGUAGGGGAGCGCUGUAACUUUGGGAAUACAUGUUCUGUGUUCUUUUUAGUGUUCUUUUAAGAUUCUCUUCCAUGCCCCUCCCCCCCCCUCCACCCCCCUUAUAGAUUUCCUAUCUCUGCACUAUUAAUCCCUUUGCUUUAAAGCAAAUGUAGAUAUUGCUUCUCCUCAUUAAAUUGCAAGGAACAUUCUCACCCCGCCCCCUCUUCCCGAGUUCUCUUUUUACACCAGCCGAGCAGAAGUGACAAGUCUCUCAACUCCAUAUAACUGUACUUAAUGCCUUUAAUAUUUUAUGACUUGUUGAUACCAUCCGCAGUUACACUGAUUUAAUGUUAAGUGCUUGGCAACUGAUGGGCCCCUGGAGUGCACACAGGAAGGAUGGGGGCAGCAUAUAUUUAACCUCUUUAGAACCAUUGGCAGAUUAUUAUAUAUUUAUUUAUUUUUAUGCCAUGUACCCUUUCAUAUUUUAUUUUAUUUUUAUUUUUCUCAAUUACAUAAUAAUUGAAUGUCAGGUUGCUGCUGAACAAAGUGGUUAAUAAAAAGGUAAAACUGUUAAAGAAAUUGUCCUAGUUGAGGUUAAAGUCUUUGUGAUGUUUGGGAAUGGGUUUUAUUUUUAUUUUAUUUUUUGUGAUGUUCAAUUGGACGUUUACACCUAGAACGCCCUGUCAUUGUUGUAUUUUAGAGCCUAAAGUGCGGCAUAUAAACAAUCUUAGUUUUUUUUAUUGUAUUUUAUUGAAAGCUGGGUACAGAAAGCAAAAGGAAGUUGAAUUAAAUGAAACACAAUACAUAACAUCAAUAUCCUAUCAAUUCCGCAUGUGCAAGACAAAAUCGCUUACAAAUCAUGGACGGUUAGACCUAUAGUAGAAGUUCUAAACCAGUUUUAAUCUUCUCCUGUUUAAUUUUUUUUAAAGUAACUAAUAAAAUAAUCUUCCUGAUGGUCAGUGUAUUGGAUUCCAGCAGUGUUUGUUUUUUUUAAAGGGUUUCUCUAUGUGCAAUGCACAGCAGUGGAAUAUUGGCUGCCGUCAUGGAUAUGGGUGUGUUCCAUUGGUUUCUGUGAUUUCCUCUGCUCUAUCAGACAGUCCUGCCCAGUGUUGGCUGAACGCUGCAGUAACCCUUUGGGGAGAGAAAUCUGUUCCACAAAUAGCCCUGGAAAACCAACAACGAAUUAAACCUAAAGCAAAACUAAAAUCAAGGAAAACAUGCAAUCCUAUCCAGAAAAAUUACAUUUUAAUAAAACUUUAUCUGUGAAGCAAAUAAAAACCAUGAGGAUAAACCAUACCGAAAACCAAACUAAAGGAACACUGCAAUUAUGUCUCCAGGUACCACCUGGAGGGAAUAAAAAAGAUUGGAUCAUUCUGGGUGCCUAUAAUGUCCCUGCAAGUGUAGAUCUCCAAACAGUCUGUUGGUAAUUAAUGGAGUUACAAGAUCUAGAGCAGAUGUUCUUAACUGUAGUUUGGCAACUCGUCCUUCAGCUGAAAAAUUAGCUAAGUGACCCAUUCUUCAUUUUUGAAAUAUAAUUACAGUUGUGCAUCACCUGUAUAUCUCAAGUUGGACUUGGACAAGUUCCACUUGUGCACAGAAGAAACUCUGAGAAAUAUUGAUGUAAGCACCUUCUGUUAAAUUAAAGGACCACUAUAGUGCCGGGAAAACAUACACUUUUUUUUUUUUUUUUUUUCUGGCAUUAUAGUGCCCUGAGGGUGCCGGGCUGGAUGGCGAGGAAAGGGGUUAAACUUACCUUUAUUCCAGCGCCGGGCGGGGAGCUCUCCUCCUCCGAUCCUCUUUGGCUGAGUGCGCAUGCGCGGCAGGAGCUGCGCGCGCAUUCAGCCGGUCUCAUUGGAAAGCAUUUAUAAUGCUUUCCUAUGGACGCUUGCGUCUUCUCACUGCGAUUUUCACACUGAGAAGCACGCAAGCGCCUCUAGCGGCUGUCAAUGAGACAGCCGCUAAAGGCUGGAUUAACCCAUUUAUAAAAAUAGCAGUUUCUCUGAAACUGCUAUGUUUAUAAAAAUUAAAAAAGGGAUAAUCCUAGAGGGACCUGGCACCCAGACUACUUCAUUAAGCUGAAGUGGUCUGGGUGCCUAGAGUGGUCCUUUAAGUCUCUGUUGCACUGUGCAAGGCAGGGCUGCUAAAGGAACAGAACAAUUUGUGAGCAUUUUUUCUGGAUCCUGAGAAAUCGAAUGUGCCCUUCUCAAACUGGGUGGCACUGUAGACCCCAAAACUGUAUUAUCUAAUUUAAGUGGUUAAAGUGUCUGGAGUCCCGUGGUGCUGUCCCUUUAUUCUGCAUUAAACAGUUUUUUUUACUGCUAAACAAAAGUCCCCAUAAACUCAGCCUCUCUGUGCUAUUUGGGAUAAUGAGGAAGUAUUGGCUUGAGCAGCAAUUGGAGGCUGUGAUUGGCUGAGAGUCUCAGCUGGCCAUUUUCAGCCUGUCACAGCGCCCGUUGAUGGUAUGAAUUGGUAUGGCUAGAAAGAAGUGUGUAAUCUUUGCCAUAGCUCUGCCUCUACCGGAGGUAUGGCUAUGUGAAGUCAUUAACCAUCGUUCAGUGUUAAACUGCUGGAAAAUAACAACAUCUCAUUGAAUUGGUUAUAGUGCCUGGAGUCUCCUGGCAUUGUCCCUCCAUUUAAUGUUACAGUACUUGCGUGUGUCCCUUUUAAAUGUAUCAUUGCUCCAGAGUCACACACAUUAAAUGCUUCGUACUAGGGCCAUAAUUGCUGGUAACUUCCCUUCUAAUAUUGGACAAAGGGUGAGCUUUUCAGGGCUUCUAUUAAAGUCCUAACUGCCUUCCAUAAUGUAAAGCUGGCUUAAUCUCCUCUCACCUUUUGGUGCCCUCUCAGUAUUUCUGUAAUAUAGCAGAGCGGUUCUUUGUAAAUUUUAUAUAUCUAUCUAUCUAUCUCUAUCCUAGUUUUUUUUACUUACACUCCCUCUUUCAGUUUCUGUUUACCCUUCAACUAGACCAUUUGCUACAUGUACACAUCCGUUGUGUGAUGAGUUGUAAAUACUGCAUUGUCUGUUCUGUUUUUUGUAAAUUGCUGAAUAUGGAUCGUUUUUUAUAUUGUUUUAACUAGAACACAGAGUGCCUGUUUUUAUUUUUUCCUUGACGCGGGUGUUCAGAUGGCUUUCAUUAUUGUAGCCGGAAUCUGUGCUUGUCUUUAUUUCUUGUUUCUCUGUUUUAUGGUCUACCAAGUCUUCCGGAAUAUUAGCGGCAAACGCUCCACGUUGCCAGCCAUGAACAAGGCGCGCAGACUGCACUAUGAGGUGAGCAGGCUUAACCCUCUAUGCUCCUUUAGCUAACUGUUUGAGUGCCAGAAACCAGGAAUCUGCUGUUCUCUGCCAGUUUAAUGUCAAUAUGACCACAUAAUAAUAAUUGAUCUGUGACAAUUCUGUGUCCUCUCCUACAAGAAUGUGCAGAACGACCUCCUCUCUAUUCCUGCCUUUCUGAAGUAUAGUGGAUCACAUGAUCAACAUUGCACUAAUUAAAGGCAACUGUCCCCUCAAAACUAUAUUUUAAUAGAAUAAUCCUUUUAACAUGUAAUGAAAAGUAUUUAUUUUUACAUGAAGUCUAUGUAAAAAUUGAGCCCAUCAGUGAAAACUCAGUCUGUGGUCUUACCUGAUGCUCUCCCUGCAGAAUCAGGAAAGUACAUAGACUAUGCAAGAGUGCCUUUUGUUUGAAUGAAUGGGCAAAUUCUCUCCUUUCAAAAUUAGUUUUUUUGCCUGCCUUACCCACUCUCUCACCCCCUUUUGAAUCUUGGUUGGAUUAGCAGUUAUUUGACCCAAUGCUUACUAUAUUCUGUUUUGUCCAAUACUGAGCGUUAAUUCUGCCUGAUUUGUAGCAGGUAGGAGCACCUAAUAAAAAGCGCUGAAAGGUUGGCAGUUUAUUUCUUUAAACUUCAAUAUACAUGAAUUAAAAAAAAAAAAAAAAAGUAACCUUUUGGUGAAUGGAAACCGUAUCUUUUGAGUUGAUCAAUAAUUGCUUUGGAAUAAUUCACUAAUUUCCUUUGAAAAUCACCUAAUAGGUUUGUGAACCCUUUUCCUGAGAUGCUCUGUUUACUUUUAAAUGUUUAUAUAAUGGAUUAAGCAGUUCAGUGCUGGCAGAUAAAUUAAUCCUAGGAAGUCACAGAUCUCCUGUAAGUAUCAUUCGGAACAGAACCAUCGCACAUUCCUGUCUGAAUUGUAUAUCACCACCUGCUGGCCAAUAGUGUUAAUGCAGCCAACCUGCUUGCCUAGUAAAAUAGAGAAAUAAGGAAUAGUUGAACAUCUUGCGACAUUUUAAGUGUUGUCAGCACUAAACAAAUAAAGAACACGAAUGUAAACCAGCAGGAAUGGACCGUCUGGUCUAGACUAUGUAUCCUACUUUGCAUGUUGUUGAAUAAUUAUAUAAUUUAAUUCCAAUUUUUUUUUUUUUUUUUCCCUCCUCCUCCGCAGGGUCUGAUAUUCCGGUUCAGAUUUUUGAUGAUCAUAACCUUGGCUUGUGCGGCUAUCACAGUUAUCUUUUUCAUCACCACCCAGGUAUGGCCAGGUUGCAUUGGGUCUUUGAACCCAGGUUCAGAGAGAGUUGCAAUAUUACUGUCUGUAAUGCCUCUAAAAUACAUUCCUCCCUCCUGUUUGCUUCCACUAAAGAAAAACUUCCUCUCGAUAACCACAAUGUAUGUAGAACAUGGAACUAAGAAGUAACCAGUUAACAUUGUGUAGAACUGCUGAACUUCUAACAUAAGCAGGACUUUGUCUACAGCAAUGGUUUCUGGGAAUUAUAGGUCAAUAGUUGAAAUUAAACUCCCAGAGACCUUAGACAUGACAUGUGCGAUCGCAGGAACACGUUAAAAACUGCCAGAUGGGGAGAGGGCUGAAAGGAGCACAUAUGGAGUGUAUCUUUAACCUGAAUAUAAAAAUUCUAUAACUUACUGUAACGUGUGUGUGUGUGUGUGUGUGUGGUCUAAAUGCUUAGAAAUUAUUUUUAUAUUUAAAAAAAAAAAUUUAAAAAAAUAAAUAAUCCAGGAGCUCCCCUUAUUGGCCCUCUGAUACUGUCUGAUGUUACCUCUGUUGGUCUAGUUACACCUAAUAAUGAAAUGUUAACUAGAAAUGUUGGGCUUGGCAACCUUCCAUCGUCUGUGGUGACAUCGCAAACUGCAGGGGAUUAAAGCAGAGCUGGGUUAUAUAUAUUUAUAUAUUUAUAUUUAUAUUUAUAUAUAUAUAUAUAUAAUUAUAUUUGGUCCUAAUAAUACCUCAACAAAAAAUCUUUUUACAUCCGCUGUGUUUAUUGUGACGUGCCAUUAAGGGUUAUGUUUUUAUGUAUGUUUUGUUUGUGUUUUUUAUUUGUUUGUGUUUUUUUUUUUUGUCCUGCAGAUUUCAGAAGGAAAUUGGAAAUGGGGAGAUGUACCAAUUGAACUGAAUAGUGCAUUUUUCACUGGCGUGUACGGCAUGUGGAAUGUCUACGUGUUUGCCCUCAUGUUCCUGUAUGCGCCGUCGCACAAGAACUAUGGAGAAGACCCGUCAAACGGUGAGAACUCCUGUUUGCACAGUUUAUUUGUAUACAACUGGAAAUUUAAAUUCUAUGGUUGCUCUGUACCGGUUACGAAGUAGCAAAUAAUAUCCCCAAUUUUCUCAAAGUCCAAUAAAUUCCACUGAGUAAAGGGCCGUAACCCACACAAGCGAAACCAAUACAGGGAAGACGUUCACAGCUGUUUGUGACACACAUUCCUUUCUGUUUUUAAUAUAGUGUAUUUCCCCAAGUGAAUCUGCCAUAAUAAUGUCAUUGAUCACUAAAUUGGAGUUUAGCAGAUUUUAACUUUCAAUAAUGUAUUUUUCUCUACUAGCUAAUGGUGAGUCAUCUCUGGAACUAAAUAUGUGAAGUUGUUUUUUAUUGAAACCUUUUACGGCUAAUCUUUUGGUUUGAAGAAGAUUUGAAACCGAACAGUAACGUAAAGGAACAUGCGUCACUUGGCAAGUUGUGUGAGGAGUUUCUUCAGCCUCACCAUCCAUUCACCCCACCUUCCUUCUUCUUCUGAAUUCUUCUCAUUCUUAGACCAGUUCACUAAUGACAGAAACAGGGCAUCAGUAUGCAGAACAGGAGAGCGAGAUAGGACACAGGAUCCUGCUCUGCAUCAUCACUUUGAUUAGAUUCCCUCUCUUCUACCAACGUAUUAAUUUAGAUUCCACUACCAUUUGUACACUGAUUAUACCCAGAUAUAUCAUCUCCUCCCCUGCAGUCCUACAAUGUGUCACCGGUUGCCUUUCUUCCAUCUCUGAUUGGAUGUCCUCCCGCUUCCUGAAACGCAAUUUCUCUAAAACAAAGCUUCUUAUUUUUAUUUUAUUUUUCUUCUCCUAAUACUAAUAUGCCUCUCUCCAUGCAACUUUAUGGUACCCUAAUCAGUCCAUACUUGCAGUCUUCAUGUUCUCUUUAAUUCUGUCCAAUCUGUUGCUAAAAACCUGUCAAUUCAGCUUAAAAACAUUUCCUGUGUACACUCCUUUCUCAUGCAAGAUGCUGCCAAGUAGCUUGUUCAUGCUCUGGUAAUCUCUCACAUGGAUUACUGUAACUCUCUCUCCUUGUUGGUCUCCCCAGAAGCCGAACUGCCUCACUACAAUACGUAAUGAAUGCUGACAGGCUGAUCUUUCUCACCCGUCGCUCCUCCCAUACCUCGCAUCUUUGUCAAUCCUUACACUGGCUUCCUGUAUCCUAUAGAUGUCAAUUCUAAAUCCUAACCAUUAUCUAUAAAGCCCUAAACAACUCUAGCCCCGGUUACAUUACUUCACUAUUUUGUAGGUACGCCCCUUUGCGGUCUCUGCUAUGCUGGCAACCUUCUCCAGUCCGCUGCUCGCACGCUUACUGCUAACACGCUCUUGCAGAACUUCUCGCGGGGGGCUCCUUUCAUUUGGAACAGCCUGCCUACCGCCAUCAGACUCUCCACUAGUCUUCAAUCAUUUAACAAGUCCCUCAAAACCAUCUCUUCAGAAAUGCUUAUGGCCUCCCAGAAUAACUGCAUCUCACAUGUCUGUCUCUUGCCGAACUACACUCACAUCUCACACACCCCACAAAUUAUAAACAAAAUAAUGGCACAAUCUUGCACUUCUAGAUUCACAGACUAUAAUUUCACAUGUACAGAAACCAGCAUUAUUAAAGGAAAACUUCCCCUCAAUCUGUUAGAUGUGUAUGAAUCGGGGAAAUAUGCAUCACUAUAUAUAAGCAUACAUGCAUAAGAGUAUGGGAAAGCAUAGGUCUACACAUAGUACUUCGUAUAUUGAUAGAAGCUUGUCAUUAAAAAUUCUGUUAGUCCAAUAAAAAAGGUAUUACAAGAUACGAAUUUUAACUAUAUAUACCUGUAUAUAAAUAAAAAUUAUUUGAAAAAAAUUAUAUAUAAUAAUUAUUCGUAUAUAUUUAUGUAAUAAUUUUACAUAAUUAGAUCAUUUUAUUAAUUACAAUUUGCGGGACCUGCCUGACAACCCAGGCCGAAAGUCCAGGGAAUUUAAUUUGCUAGCACUAUAUUUAACCCUGUAAGACACCAUAAAACUUGUACAUGGGGGGUACUGUUUUACUCGGAAAACUUCGCUGAACACAAAUAUUAGUGUUUCAAAACAGUAAAAAGUACUACAACGAUGAUAUCGUCAGUGAAAGUGCAAUUUUUCACACACAAAUGGCACUUACACUGACGAUAUAAUUGUUGUGAUACGUUUUACUGUUUUGAAACACUAAUAUUUGUGUUAAGCAAAGUCUCCCAACUUUUGAAAGUUAGAGGGUCAGAUGUAAGGCCUUUUUUCACAUUGAAAUUUCCCAGAUUGGUUAUGUUGCCUUUGAGAGCGUAUGGUAGCCAAGGAAUCAGAAUUACCCCCAUGAUGACAUACCAUUUGCAACCCAAGGUAUUGCAAAUGGGUUAUGUUCAGUCACAAACACUGGCCAAACUUAGCGUUCAUACCGUAUGUUUUCCUUUAAUGUUCCUACAACAUAUAUGUAUUUGCUAUGCUUUCAUCUUGUAUUUGUACUUCAUAAUUUCGAUUUUCAGUCAGGAACGGUUUUUGGUUAGGUUUUUGACGAAGGGACAUUUGGUUAGGUUUUUGGUCAGGAACGGAACCCAUGUUUAUUACAUUGCAGUCUAUGGGAAAUUAGUGCUCACUUUAUGAACUCUCACUUUAUGAACAGGCUUUGGAACCAAUUAGUUAGUAAAGUCGGGAACAACCUGCAUUUGUACAUUGUGGGGGCAGUAUGAGUAGCAGUAUGUGUAUUCAUUGUGAGAAGUGGAGCUGUGGCUGUGUACAGUAUGGGUAGCAGAGCUAUGUGGUUACCUGUCAUUUGAGACUGUCAGAGUCCAGUCCUCUCCACUAUCCCUCCUGCGAUCGCCUGUGUUCAGUCUGAGGGGGCGGGGUCAUGCACUGAUUGCUGUGUUCAGUCUGAGGGAGUGAGGUCAUGCACAGAUUGCUGUGUUCAGUCUCAGGGGGCGGAGCCAUGCACAGAUUGCUGUGUUUAGUCUGAGGGGGCUGAGUCAUGCACCGAUUGCUGUGUUCAGUUUGAGAGGGUAGGACAAUACUCAGACUGAAUACAGUGAAUCCUUACUCAGCCCAGUAAAGCACCCAGAGCUCAAUCAGCUGUUCCACUUCCCUUUGCAGCAGGUAGCCUUCUGGAAGACCAACAUUUCAUUAUAUUUUUACAUACCCUGUUAUUUUUGUUGUGUGUGUUUUUAUAUUUAGUGAUUAUUUUAUUAUUUUCAAUGUAUUUAUUUCCAUGUCUUUGUUAACUACAGCCUGUUCCAGUGACGUACACACAAUCCAUGGGGCCCCAGGUGCGAAACUGAUCCGUGGGACCCCCACCUCCCCUGUCUCCCCCGAUCCGUGCGCCCCGCCCAUACCCUCUGACACAUACAUACAGACACACACACACAAACAUACACACAGACAGACAGACACACACACAUACAUACACCCCCCGACAGACACAUAUAUACAGACACACACAUAUAUACACAGACAGACACACACAGACACAUACAUACACACACAUACAGAGACAACGACAAACACACAUACAGAGACACACACACAUACAGAGACACAGCCACAUACUGAGACACACAUACAUACAGAGACACAGACACACACAUACAGAGACACAGACACACACAUACAGAGAGACACACACAUACAGAGAGACACACACAGAGACACACACACACAUACAUACAGAGACACACACACACACAUACAGAGACACAGACACACAUACAGAGACACAGACACAUACAGAGACACAGACACAAACACACACACACAUACAAAGAGACACACACAUACAAAGAGACACAGACAGAGACACACACACAUACAGAGACAUAGACACAUACAGAUACAUACAUAUACAAAAUGUUUCCUACCUUGUGACUUUCCCUGGGGGCUCAGCCUGAUGGAUGUCAGAGUUCCCACUCUGACUCCCUCCUCCUCCUUCCUCCCGCGUGGGCUGAUAGCUGGGAGGAGUGACCAGGGAAUCACUUCCUCCCAGCUCUGUGAUGUAAUCACAGGGGGCCCGGUCGCGCUGUUAAAGCGCCCAGCGCUGACCGGGCCCCUGAUAAUCCAUAUUAUCCCUAACAUGCGGCCCAGGCGGUUUGCCAUGCGGGCAGGGGCCGCAAAAUGUGGCAGCUGGUACCAGGUCGCGGGGGUCCGCAGGGCGGCCUGGCCCCCUGGAGUGAUGGGCCCGGUCGCAGCUGUGACCCCUGCGACCACAGUAUGUACGCCACUGGCCUGUUCUAAUCAUACUUUAAAUAUCCCCGGUAGUGAUGUCCCGAAAGGUUCGCGAGCGGUUCGCCACGAACGGUUCGCCACGAACGGUUCGCAGCGGACUCAUCAUUGAGUAAACUUUGACCCUGUACCUCACAGUCAGCAGACACAUUCCAGCCAAUCAGCAGCAGACCCUCCCUCCCAGACCCUCCGACCUCCUGGACAGCUCACUAAGAAUGCAGCUUUACAAUGAAUAUAAAAUGGAUGCUGUCCAGGAGGUGGGAGGGUCUGGGAGGGAGGGUCUGCUGCUGAUUGGCUGGAAUGUGUCUGCUGACUGUGAGGUACAGGGUCAAAGUUUACUCAAUGAUGAGUCCGCGGUGAACCGUUCGCGAACCGUUUGGCGAACCGUUCGGGACAUCACUAAUGGCACAUUGCUCAUUUUCUCACCUUUGUCUUGUCCAUUAUGUUAAAAUUAGUUUAACCAGCUCAGGCCCAUAUGUCUUUCUUACAUUUGUUUAAUGGUUUUAUUACCCACAUGAAUACCUCUGUCUUAUAUCUGUAAUUUUUUAAUCUUUACCUUUGUUUUUGCUUAAAUGACCCUUAAGUCAAGGUCUAUAUAUGCAUUUUCCGCAUCCCUUAGCCCAUAUAUAUAUAUAUAUAUAUUUUUUUUUUUAAAUAAAAUGGUUUAAUAAAAAAAAAAAAAAAGGUGUGCUCUCACUAUGCAUACAAUACAUAACAAGUGCACUGGACUCCAUACAGGAUUUGAAUGCCGUUCGUCAAAUAGAUUAAAAUCGACCUUUGUUUAAAAAAAAACAAAAAACACAAUAAUAUUUGUCCAUAAUGUGCGGGGGCAUGGGCAGUGCAAGGCAACUUCUCCACCUCUUUUUAAAAAUCGGAAACCGCUUUAUUUAUAAGGAUAAUACUAAUUGUGUGUGUGUAGUGUAUCUUUGUUGUAAAAAGUUAGGUGAACGUGUCUAACUCGUAGAUCAGCAGAGACUUUCUUUAACAAUGAGGUUGGUUUUUUUUAUUUUUUGCAACCUCAUUGUUAAGAAAGUCUCUGCUGGAGGGGCGGAGCCUGCGCUCGAACGGAAUGGCCGCGUGAGUGGAGAGCUCCCGAGCCGACGGCUAAAUACAGCGGCACAAACAGCAUCCUACCGGCACAAACACUUCCCAGAGUGAGGUAUUGCCACAAUGUCACAGAGGGGAGCAAGGAGGGUGACCGACGCCAAAGAAAAGCACUCGUUUUUCGCCGCGAAAACGGCAAGCCACAAGUCACAGGCUCAGACGGGACAAGAUGGCGACGGCAGUGGGGAUGAACAGGAAAUUCCCAAGCCACAUUCCCCACAACAGCCUGCACCCAGCACCAUGCAAAUACACGGUGAGCUGUUCCAGACAAUGUUAGAUGACAUGGCUGCAAAAAUACAAACAACAGUCCAUGCAGCAAUAGCGGACCUAAAGAAAGAUAUUGCCGACAUAGGAAACCGUACAGCCCACAUGGAAAGCAAGAUGGCGGAAUAUGCCGCAGCACACAACAGCAUGGCAGAAAAAAUUGAGGAGCUGGAGGCAAAGCUUGAGAAGCAAGAAGUAAAAAACAUGGACCUUGAGGACAGAUCCAGGCGCCAAAAUCUCCGGGUGAGAGGUAUACCUGAAGACGUACAGGCUGCAGACCUCAUGACAUACCUCACAGACCUGUUCCAUAUUUUAGCUCCUGACCUCCCAAUUGACAUGCUACUCAUGGAUAGGGCGCACAGGGUGGCAAAGCCACAACAUCUGCCAGCCUCAAUACCGAGGGACGUGAUGCUCAGACUACACUACUAUCACGUAAAAGAAUCCCUCCUGCGCUCCAAGAUACCUCUACAAGAUCUCCCGGACAGAUAUAAAGAGGUCCAGAUAUACGCAGACCUUUCGGCCGAAACACUUAGACGCAGGAAAACUUUCAAGGACGUCACAGCUGAACUAAGGAACAGAAAAAUCCCGUACCGCUGGGGAUUCCCAAUCAAGCUAUUGAUCCUACGAGACGGCAAGACCCAAAUUGCCUCAACCGCAGAAGAAGGAACCCGACUGCUGCGCUCUUGGGGCAUCACUCUAGCUACAAACAGGGACAAACCAAACAAACGACCGACAUUGCACCAAGAGUGGCAGACGGUGAAACACCCCAAAACGCCGAAACACACAGCAACACAGUGACGGAAGCCAAGGGAUGACGGAUGACAUCCAUGCGGACAGUAUCAACGCAAAAUACACCAUGGACACGGCUAAUCUUUUUCAGGGACUUUGGGACAUUGUUCACCGUCGACCAAGGGAAACACGACGGGAGAGGGUAAUAUACUCGCUACAACUGUUUUUGUGCUAACAUUACGGUUCACUAUUUCAUAAAUAUAGGGAACAAGGGGAGGGGGACUGGGGAGGGGGGAGAGGAACUGUGAGGGAAGGGGUAACAAGAGGGGAAAGUUAACCACCAUGGGGCAGGGACCCCGUCUGGACAGCAGGAUACGACCCACGUGAGAGGGUCUCCGACCCUGUAGCCCCCCCCUGAAAACAUACCCACUAACUACCCCACCUACCUAACAUAGCCAAAAUAAGAAGCGGGACCAAGGGCUCAAGCGGGGAGACAUGGAGGGUGGCGGGGCGAUGCCCCAGGAGCAGCACCAGGUCAGGGUCAGAAGACAAUAGGGCCAUAAAACCAAGCGAGGGCAGGAGCCCCACAGACAGUAUAGACUAAUGGACCCUAAAAAUGUUACCUAAACCACGCGCACCAUCCUUCCCACAUAGCGAGCCAACAGUUGGGAAACCAUGCAGGGGCCACUGCUACUCCCGCCCCCUAGGGGACGUGAGGCAAGCAAAGUAUAGAGAUACCAGUAACAUGGACUAAAAGAGGGAAACGGAGGAGCAAGCGGUUGCCUCUCUGCCAAACCAACAUCCCACCCCAACGCCCGCAGCCCCCCCUAGAUAAGUGAUAAUUCCAAACCUCCACGUUAAAAACCCACAUGCCCAUCUCCAAAUCAAGAACACAAGAUUGAUGGCAAGAUCCCUCUGCUCCUACCAACACUCCCUGUGAGUCAGACAACCCUCAAAACACAUCCCCAAGGUAGCCCAGAUUAGAGCCGCUGGCCUGGGGCAGCGACCACUGGCUCGGCCAGGAGGCCAGAACAGACUUCCCAACCCCCCAGAUAGGGAGAGCUAGUAGGAGGAACUAGCGGGAUAAACUGCGCCCUGAUGGACGACCAGGGCACAAGAGCCAGAUCUAAAAAAUUGUUAUGUUUAUGUUAUUGUAAAUAUGUUAAAUGUCUUCGAUUCACCUAUGCUCAAAGACAAAUCACAUCAUCUAUGUCUGUAUGCAAUUCACACAAAGGCAGGGUUAACAUUCCACUAGUACACUAUAUCCGCCUCAUAGAACCGAUCAAGGGUCACCCACCACACCUACGUAUAACGAAAACCACCCCCGGCUACUCUUCUCAGAACAAGAGCGGCGAUCCACCGCUAGCCAACACACGAGACAGUGAAGACCGAAACAGCACAUCCAAUUCCCACACACAUUCAAUCUAAAACUAUACUCCCACAAUGUACAGGGAUUAAAUAUCCCACAAAAGCGUCACACUCUGAGCAGGGAACUUAAAAAAAACCAAGCCGACAUAGUAUUUCUCCAGGAAACACAUUUUAGAACCGAUGCUCACCCCCACAUAAGUCCUAACAUGUACCCCCACCAAGCACAUUCCACCACUCCGAGUAAAUCUCGAGGCGUGUCAAUUCUCUUCAGCAAAGACCUCACGAUCAUAUCACACAACCAAUUAAUAGACCAGGGGGGGAGAUGCAUCAUAUGGCACUGCACCAUCAACGAAACAGAAUACACACUAGCGAAUAUAUAUGCACCAAACACCAACCAAAGAAAUUUUUUGCACGCAGUCCUCUCUAAAAUUGAAAAAAUAAGGAAAGGCACUCUAGUCAUAAGCGGGGAUAUAAACCAUGUGUUAGACCCCACAUUAGACUCAACUAGACCGCCCACGUCGCCUCACUACAAAACCAUGAAAAAACAAAGCAAAAGCCUUAGGAAUUUGCUAGCCACAUAUGGCCUGAGAGACGUGUGGAGAUCCCUCCACCCCUCGGAAAAAGCCUACACGCACCACUCCAAAGUACACAAUACAUACUCUAGAAUUGACGGGUGCUUCAUGCACGAAUCCACAAUGACCAACAUCUUAGACUGCGAAAUUUUGACCGCCGACUGGUCAGAUCAUGCACCAGUGACAUUAUCAUUGUCGAGCUCCUAUGACUACAAACAUAGAAACCCAUGGCGUCUUAAUGACUAUCUAAUUAGAGAUCCACAAUUCUGCAAAACCCUAGAAAAAGAACUGCAUAACUACUUUACCACUAACGCCUCAAACGACCUGAACCCCCACAUGAUCUGGCUUGCACAUAAAACUGUGCUUAGGGGCACAUUAAUAAGUAGAGCCACAUAUCUAAAGAAACGAUCAGAAAAAGAAAUUAAGCAAUGUGAACAAACACUAGCAGUGCUUCACAAAGAUAAUCAAAAGCAACCGUCAGCAGUGCACAAAACGCAAAUCAUUACACUCCAAAACAAACUCAAUGAGAUUAGACUCCACAAAUUCGGCCUCAUGCUGAAGCGCCUAAACACUCGCACAUACGUCCAAGGCAACAGAGCCAGUAAACUUGUAGCACAACACUUAAGAGAGAGACAGCAACAAACACGGAUAGCACAUAUCUUAAAUAAAAAGGGCCAAAAAAUCCACCUCCCCUCAGGCAUUUGUAAAGAAUUUGCCCACUAUUACAGCCAAUUAUAUAAUCUCUCUAAGGAUCAGACCACGCCGCAACCCACGGAGGCUGGCAUACAAGCCUACUUAUCAAACAUCCCGCUACCAACCCUAUCCACAACCCAGCAACAACUUCUGGAAGCUCCCAUUACAGAAAACGAAAUCAUAGAAUGCAUAACAUCCAUGCCCCCAGGAAAAGCACCAGGGCCGGAUGGCUUUACGAACGAGUACUAUAAGGAAUUCGCUCCACUUCUGGCCCCACAUCUCAACAGGGCUUUCAACCAUGCUCUUCAGACAGGAAACUUCCCAGCGGAGUUCCUAGCAGCUAGAAUAAUUACCCUACCGAAACCAGGUAAACCCCCGACACACUGCCAAAAUUUCCGCCCCAUAUCAUUACUAAAUUCAGACACCAAACUGUACGCAAAAAUUUUAGCUAACCGACUCAAAAACAUCCUCCCUGACCUUAUCUCAAAUGACCAAGUGGGCUUUGUUCACGGAAGGCAAGGCUCAGACAAUACACGAAAGGUAAUAGAUAUAAUACAGUCGAUACACAUGGACCGGACCCAAGGUCUCAUAAUCUCCCUAGACGCAGAAAAAGCAUUCGACAGACUGAAUUGGCAAUUCCUAGAGGCUACUCUGAAAAAAUUUGACUUUCCCCCCACUUAUCUGACAGCAAUCAAAGCCCUAUACAGCUCUCCGAACGCCGCGGUAACAUCCUCAGGUUCCCGAUCAGAUCCAUUCAACAUCACAAAUGGGACUAGACAGGGUUGUCCCCUGUCACCACUUCUUUAUGUGUUAGCCCUGGAACCCCUCGCGGAAGCCAUUAGACGUAACCCAAACAUACACGGCAUAAAUAUAGGAGAAAGAGAGUACAAACUCAACCUAUUCGCAGACGAUGUCCUUUUAACGCUAUCCCAACCAUUGAUCUCCCUCCCAAAUCUCCAAAAGGAACUGCAAUCCUAUAGCGCACACUCAUACUACAAGCUAAACACCACUAAAACCCAAGCAAUGGGAAUAGGCAUAGAAGACAACAUAAUGUCCAGACUCAAAACGGCAUUUCAUUAUGACUGGAGAGAAGACCACCUCAUAUUUUUGGGAAUCAAAAUCACAAAAACAUAUAACUCACUUUUCACAAUGAAUUACCAAAAACUCUACACAGAAAUUGUAAAUACAUUAAAGUCCUGGGAAGGCAAAUACCUAUCUUGGGUGGGUAGAUGCGCGGCUAUCAAAAUGAUGAUCCUGCCAAAAAUUCUUUAUCUAUUCCGAACAUUACAAAUACCAGUCCCCGCCAAAUAUUUCAAAAACCUCCAGACGACCCUUUUGAGAUUUGGAUGGCAAAACAAAAAACCCAGGGUAGCAUGGCGACUCCUGUCACGGUCAAUAAAAGAGGGAGGACUUGGAUUCCCGGACGUAAGAGAAUAUCACAGAGCCACGCAACUGGCAAAUGUGCUACGGUGCCACUCUAGAGAACAACCCCCACAAUGGCUGGAAAUAGAAUCCAGCAGAUUAGAAGGGAGGCAAAUAGCACACCUCAUAUGGGCCCCAAGGGAAAUACGACCCCGCACCCCUCAGAUAUUGCCGACAACCAAACUCAUGCUAUCUAUAUGGGACAAAAACAAGCACAGGGUCUGCUCGAGACAUAAGUGGUCCCCCGCAACCCCCUUAAAAACGCUGCACACCCUAGACCCCUCUUUCAACUAUAAAAUUUGGGCUGAACACGACCUAACCUACCUUCACCAAAUGACUCAAGGCGGCUCCCUGAGGAGCUUCAAAGAAUUACAAACACACCAUAAUAUACCAAACAGGGCCCUAUUCUCAUAUAUACAACUUCAACACAAGUUACGGACUGCACAUACACCCACUCAACCAGUGACUGGUGAACCAAAACUAACUCACUUUGAAACUAAAUGCCUCGAAAGGAAAAAGCAAGACAAAACUAUAUCACUAUGCUAUAACAUACUCAAUGGGGGGCCUCAAACGCACCUCUGGGGAUUUCAAAAAGAAUGGCAUACAGAUAUUGGGAGGGAACUAACAACCCAGGAAUGGGGUAGAAUCUUUGUAGCACACAAAAGCGCGACAAGAUGCGCCUCUCACCUAGAAAUAGCCAGAAAACUACUGUAUAGGUGGCACCUCACCCCUAGCAAAUUAAAUAAAAUGUACAACAACUCCGAAGCCAAGUGCUGGAGAUGCCUAAAAGCGAAAGGGGACACAUUACAUAUCUGGUGGACUUGUCCACUCAUACGUCCAGUAUGGGAAGCAGUAGAAGAAAUAGUUACAAACAGCAUAGGGGUAUCGAUCCAACCCAACAUAGAACUAUACCUAUUACACCUAUCACCACAAAAUAUCACGAAACCCGCUCGAAAACUAGUCUACCUUAUCACGAUAGCGGCAAAGACAUUAAUAGCAAGACAAUGGAAAUCGUCAGUGAUUCCCACAAAAACAGAAAUAAUAGCCCUAACAUCCACCAACGUCUCAUAUGAAAAACAUGCGGGGUCACUAGGGCAAGAGGACCGCACAACCACAGAGGCUUACAAUAUGUGGCUCAAUUACGAACAAGCAACCCACAUAACACGCAGACACGCAACACAUGACCCUCCGUAACAAAUUAAACAAAUAAAAGGUACAGACAAGGAAUCAAACUCAAGAAUGUAUACAUUUAGCAAUGCGGAGAAAUAGACACUGACGGGAAUGGUACCAGACCCAAAUGACAUGCCCAGACCAAACCCAACGCAACAGAGCUUCAGUCAUACAGAAAAACUUGUAUAGGUGGAACAAGUUCCAUGUAUAUAGUUCAUAUUAACGUUUAUAUUGUUUAUAUUGUAUUUCAUGUAAUCUACGUACUUCCACAACUGACACGGCACCCCCAGUACCACUCAGGGACUGGAAUAGGAUGAUAGCACAAUGCAGACAAGCGUGAUAUGUACCACCAUGGGUAUACAAAUUUGUCGCGAAAACCGCACACAUAUCAAUAGAAUGUACUGUGAAGCCUUGUCAACUGAAGUUACGUAAUCCCCCACCCCUCCCUUAUUCAUUUCUGUACCCCGCACACCUAUCACCUUGUUUAUGAAUAAGCAUCACAAAGGUAAAAUGGUUAACUAUAUAGAAAGAGAGAGGAGGAGGAGAGGAAAAAAAAAAAAAGCCACUUUUGCCAACACAGGGAACAGAACAAAGAACUGGCCUGUUGUGACAAAGUGGGCAAAUUCGAAUAUAGUUACGUUUUCGUUAGAAAUUAUGAACAGGAUGGCAAACGUAACCGAAAAGUAGGAAAUGUGCAAAUGUGUUUCAUCCCCCCACCCCUUUUUCCUUCUGUACCCCAAGCUUGAACUUGAACCUGAAAAAUAAAAAUUGUCAAAUUGAAAAAAGAAAGUCUCUGCUGUAUGUGGGACUUGGAGUGGUGGUGAAAGGGUUAAAAUUCACAAUUUAUCUGCAUUAGACCAGAAAUAAUGAUAAACAUUUGUUGUAACACCACCCACACGUAAUUAUAUGCAUAUAAAUGUUAAUAUUUUAGAACACCACCACGACCAUAAAUGGAGUGCCUUUUAUCCCCCAAGCAAAUUACACUAAAAACCCCACAAAAUGUGAUCCGAUACAAUAUCUACGUGACUUCAAAUGACUAAUAAAUUGUUCUAAUGUGGUAUUGUGAGUCUUUACUAGACAAAGGCAGAACUUUUAAUAAAGGAAUAUUAAUUAUGAACAAAACAGUCACCGCGCAUAUAAGAACCAAUGACAAAUUAUUUACACCAGCUACAAGUUAAAAAAAAAAAAAAAAAAGGCAAAAUUAACAUAACUUCGUACUCUUUUUGUAGGCUUUGCUUUCCCCGUUCUGAAUAUGCACAAACGGGGGCAUGAUUAUUAAUCUGAGUUAUUAGUAAUGUUUAUUUUAGAUCUCACACUGGAAGACCAUCGUCUCCUGACCGCUAAUGGUCACUUAGUAUAUGAAAAGAAUCCACUGUUUUGUGAGCGGAUAGAGAAACAUGGUAGAUUAUCCAGUUAGUUUACAUUGAAGCUAAACUUGGAGGCAACUCAUGUGUAACAUUUCAUUACUGGCAGAGGAGCUCUUGUUGGAGUCACGGAUUUAAAAAAAAAAAAAUGGAAUUCAUGUUCUAAACCUGACAUCGAUCACAUUCCUAUACAAUCAAAUAAACCACUCUAAUGCUGAAAUUGGCCAUAUCCCUUCUACUAGGUAGCCCAAUAAUGUAUGCACUACACAAAUCCAGGUAAAUGGCAAUAUUCUAUAGUGUAACAAUUUAAUUAUGUACACUUGAUGUGUUUGUGGGUUUAUUUUUAAAGUCAAGUUCUCAAGCAUAACUUCAGUAACCAAUAAACUCUAAAAUUCUAGAAAAUGCCUUGAAAGACUUUGUUAGGGAGAUUGGUUUAACCCCUUAAGGACACAUGACAUGUCAUGAUUCCCUUUUAUUCCAGAAGUGUGGUCCUUAAGGGGUUAACAUGCAAAUCAGUGCUUGCUAAACCAGUCAUUCAGAGAUCUGAAAAUGUGGCUGGCUUGUUGAGCACCAUAUGGGUAAGCUAACAGAUGUGCAACAUGCAUGGUAAAACAAUUGGCAAAGAAGUUAAUUUCAAAUUUGAUCACUUGUCUUGAAAUCAAAAGUCGACAGUUAAAUUUGCAGAUGAGACCGGUUUUGAGUACCGAAUCUGCCCAAAACAUCUACACAAUAAUCGUGAUAGACCUAAACCAGUAAUCUUCAGAUUAUCCAACUUUCUUAAGAAGGAAGCCAUUCUAAAGGCUUCUAGAAGCACCACAACCCUAAACCACCAGGACUCUAAAGUCUUAAUCGUCCAGGACUACUUAACUGCUUUAACCAACAAACACCAUUUGCAAUAAGGCUCUUGGAGAAGAAAAUCAAAUUCAUGAUACUCUUCCCUGCUCUUCUUAAGAAGACUUUCGAAUACUAUACCUACCUGCUUGAAUACCCACAAGCAGCUAAGGCCAAAAUCCGAGAACUUGAUCUCCCCUUAAAUUUAGGCCCAACCCUGAACGGCCUUUUGUAGACAGUUGAAAUUUGCAGGUUUGUUUUGUUUUGUUUUGUUUUUUCUUCAUACAAUUCUGCUUUCUAGGUUUUGUCGGGUGCCACAAACGUUAAAUUAUUAGGACCCGUAGCAUUGGUCCUUUUCGGAUUAAAUGAUUAUUCUUUGUUAAGGUGUGUGGUUGUUUUUGUUUUUAUUAUAGUUUCUUUUUUAUAUUGCUAUAUAGGACUAGUUUAUUUUCUUGGGCUGCCCUUCUUCCUCAUGGCUCUUCUAUGAAAUAUAGGAAGGAUCCCUCCCAGCAGCUGAGAUAGGGUGGGACUUCCUUUCUCUAAAUAUCUUCAACCACAUUACCCCAUUACCUUUUGUAUUGACCCUAGAUAGCCAUCAGUCCAACACACCAACACGCUUCCAAUUAACAAACCCUUGUUUCUUGGAACAUAGGCCGGGAUACACCCGUUUUAAAUGGAAAAUAAUUCUUAAUUAGUGAUGUCCCGAACUGUUCGCCGAACGGUUCGCCGCAGACUCAUCAUUGAGUAAACUUUGACCCUGUACCUCAGUCAGCAGACACAUUCCAGCCAAUUAGCAGCAGACCCUCCCUCCCAGCUCCUGGUGGACAGCUCACUAAGAAUGCAGCUUCACAAUGGAUGCUGUCCAGGAGGUGGGAGGGUCUGGGAGGGAGGGUCUGCUGCUGAUUGGCUGGAAUGUGUCUGCUGACUGUGAGGUACAGGGUCAAAGUUUACUCAAUGAUGAGUCCGCGGCGAACAGUUAGCGAACCGUUCGGGACAUCACUAUUCUUAAUACAUUGUACACCCUAGACUUUUCUGUUUUCCUCUAAGACAUACGUCCGACACCCGUCAACACCCGUGUAUUGGCCACUGUGUUACAGCCUCUUACCAGUCCAACUCUCAUGGAGUAGCUAUUCCCAAACCUGCAUCCAUUCACUGACCCUGUGGGCCAAUAUUUCAUCUUGAUAGUACUCAUUAGGGAAACCAACUACACCGUGGUAAAUGUUUCUGCUCUGAAUGUCUCAAAUGCUCCAUUUUAUAGUAAAUUGAUGGAAACUUUACUGAUUCUAUCAGCAGAAAACACAUUCUUCUGUAAUGACCACAAAGAGGUCUUGGGCAAUGCAGUGGACCAGUGUGACUCCUCUAUCACAUGUAGCUGUCCACACACACUUGCUAUAUCUGCUGACUUAACACGUCUAUUUAACAGACGUGUGACAAUUACGGAAUCCUUGCGUUAACCGUUCACACAUCUCUCACUCACAACACUGCUAUACAGUUGGAUUACUUUCUCCUACCCCCUCAUUGGUAAACCACACAACACCUACAUUCCUAUCUACUGCCAGAAAGUCUAAAUUGCAUAACGCAUUCUGCUCCAACCAUAGGACUAAUGAAAGCAAUACUUUCCGUUUCAUGCAUAUUUUAAAUGGACUGGAUCAACUUCAUAUCACAAAAAUUAAAAGGCAAAAAUGUUCCUUCAAACCUAUAAAAAUAUUCUUAUUAUUUAUAAUGCAAUAACAAAUUGUGCAGCAUUGUAAAAUACGUGUAAAAUAAGUGUCGCGAUCCUCAUUUUCAUGCAGUGCACCGCAAUUUUGGAAUAAUCUUAUGGACGCAAUCAAAUCUUCAUCCAAUCGAAAAUCCUAUAAAAGAUCAUUGUCAACAUAUUUUAAUUCAGACUGCAGCUCUAAUCAUAAUUUAUUAUAUUUUCUUACCUGUUCUGUUUUAAAUUUGUGCAUUUUAUUACAAUAUUAUUUUGUAACAAUGGAAAGUUUGGACCCAGGACAUACUUGAAAAGGAGAGAAAUCUCAAUGUAUACACCAUCCUGGUAAAAUAUUGUGUGUAUGUGUAUAUAUGUGUGUGUAUACAUAUAUAUCUAUAUCUCAUUCCACUUUUUUUUUUCUUUUUGUAUAAAUUUGUGUUUUUGUUUUUUUUCCCCUUCUAUGAACUUUAAAAAAAUUAUAAUACAUUAUUUUUAGGAAUGGGAAGCGCAGAAGAACUUCAAUUAACGACCACAAUCACCAACGUAGAUGGACCGACAGAGGUUUAUCGAUUGGCAGGCAAAGAGUCACAAGAAUAACUCUUUACUUGAAUGGGACAAAAAGUAGACAUUUUAACAGACUAUGUAUCAAUGAAAAAUUAUAUAUGUAAAAUAUAAUUUUGAGUUCCCACUAAAAAUGUUACAUAAAAUAGCCUUAUUUACAAUGUAUUUAUAGAUUGAUUUUUCUCAGUUAGGAUUAUCAUUGAAUUAAUUUGUAUUGUAGCUUUUUAUAUAUACAAUUUGGUGAACAAGGUGUAUUAAUGUUUUUUGUUAUUUCUAUAUAUUUUUCACACUAAUGGUUCAAAUACACAUUUCUGUUCAUGUACAGUGUUAUUUCUAGAAUACGUUUUAAGUGACCUGUUUCCACUUGUAAAAGCAAUAUCCAAUAAGCAAUAAAGAUUUUUUUUUUUAUUUUA